AUGCCCGGUCGAGUAAGACGAUCUCCGCUGAAGAAGCCCGACCGGCCCUAUCUCGCGCUUGGGCUCGAAGGCUCAGCGAACAAAUUCGGUGCGGGUAUCAUCAAGCACGACGUCGAUGGCUCGUCUACCGUACUCUCCAAUGUACGACACACAUACAUUACUCCGCCAGGGGAGGGCUUCCAACCGCGCGAUACGGCGCUGCAUCAUCGCGAGUGGGCGAUGAAAGUCAUCAAGGAUGCCGUUGAGAAGAGCGGGGUGUCUAUGCACGAUCUCGACUGUAUCUGCUAUACAAAGGGCCCUGGCAUGGGUGCACCGCUACAGUCUGUAUCCCUUGUGGCGCGUACGCUCUCGCUACUCUUCAACAAGCCCCUCGUAGGCGUCAACCACUGCGUCGGCCACAUCGAGAUGGGUCGCGAGAUUACAGGCGCACAGAACCCCGUUGUACUCUACGUCUCGGGCGGAAACACCCAAGUUAUAGCAUAUUCGCGCCAAUGCUACCGCAUCUUUGGCGAGACGCUCGACAUCGCAGUCGGCAACUGCCUCGACCGCUUCGCGCGGGUGAUAAACUUGCCCAACGAGCCCGCCCCGGGAUACAACAUCGAGCAGCUGGCUAAGCAAGGCAAGCGACUAUUGUCGCUGCCGUAUACCACAAAGGGCAUGGACGUGUCGCUGUCCGGCAUCUUGACGUCCGUCGAGUCGUUGACGCUCGACAAACGAUUCAGAAGCGAUGGCAAGCCGAGAUCGGAGGACGACACGGACAUCUUCACACCGGCCGAUUUGUGCUUCACAUUACAGGAGACGGUGUUCGCCAUGCUCGUCGAGACAACCGAGCGGGCAAUGGCGCAUAUUGGUUCGAAGGAGGUCUUGAUUGUGGGCGGUGUAGGCAGCAAUGAGCGGUUGCAGCAGAUGAUGGGCACUAUGGCGAAGGAGAGGGGAGGGAGCGUGUUUGCUACUGAUGAACGGUUCUGCAUCGACAAUGGCAUCAUGAUCGCUCAGGCUGGUUUGCUGGCGUACCGCAUGGGCUAUACGACACCCUUGACCAAGAGCACGACGACGCAGCGCUUCAGGACUGACGAGGUGCACGUUGCCUGGAGAGCAUAG